AUGCGCGUUUCAAUCCUUGCGGCAGCCCUCGCGGCCACUCCCAUCCUCGGCUACCCGCUCACCAGCGGCCUCGCCACCCGCGCCGACUCGAAGCUUUCGGCCUUCGAUAAUGUCAAGCGGAUCUUGAACGGCUCUGGCAGCCCCAACAGCGACAAGCUCGUCACCAGGUCCAUUCGUCCUAGAGAUGACGGCUAUGAUGGUGAGGGCGGCGAUGAUAGCUCAUCUGUCCCCAGUGGCGGUGACUACUCCCCGGCCCCGACUGGUGGCCCAUCGGGCCCCGACGAUAGUGCUCCCACGGCUGGCGCUCCCAGCAAUACUCCCAGCGGCGGUGACUAUACCCCGGCCCCAACUGGUGGUCCGUCUGGCCCCGACGAUAGUGCUCCCACGGCUGGCGCUCCCGGUAAUACUCCCAGCGGCGGUGACUACUUCCCGGCCCCGACUGGUGGUCCGUCUGGCCCCGGUGGUAGUGCUCCUACGGCUGGCGCUCCCGGCAAUACUCCUAGCGGCGGUGACUAUGCCCCGGCCCCAACUGGUGGCCCAUCGGGCCCCAAUGAAAGUGCUCCCAAGGCCGGCGUUCCCGGCAAUACUCCUAGCGGCGGUGACUAUGCCCCGGCCCCCGGUGGUAGCCCAACGGGCCCUAGUGGUAGUGGCCCCUCCGGCCCCGCCGGUGAUCGUCCCGUAGGCCCCGGCGGUAACGAUUCCCCGGCCCCUGGCGGCGGUGCUCCCAAGGGCGGCGCUCCUGGCAACGGUCCCAGCGGCGGUAACUACUCCCCGGCCCCCGGCGGUGGUGUUCCUAAGGGAGGUGCUUCCGGCGGUAGUGCUCCGAAGGCUGGCGCCCCCAAGGGCGGUGCUCCCGGAGGUAGCUAUUCCCCAGCCCCUAAGGGUGGUGCUCCCAAAGGCGGCGCUCCUGGCAACGGUCCCAGCGGCGGUGACUACUCCCCGGCCCCCGGCGGUAGUGCUCCGAAGGGAGGUGCCCCCGGCGGUAGUGCUCCCAAGGGUGGUGCUCCCGGCAACGGUCCCAGCGGCGGUGACUACUCCCCAGCUCCCAAGGGCGAAGCUCCUAAGAACGGCACUCCUAAGAACGGCGCUCCCGGGGGUGGCUACUCCCCGGCUCCGAAGGGCGAAGCUCCCAAGAACGGCACUCCGAAGGGCGGCGCUCCCGGGGGUGGCUACUCCCCGGCUCCUAAGGGUGAAGCUCCCGGAGGUAAUUCUCCUAAGGGCGGCGCUCCUAAAGAGGGCGCUCCUAAGGGCGGUGCUCCCGGGGGUAGCUAUUCCCCGGCUCCGAAGGGCGAAGCUCCUAAGAACGGCACUCCUAAGGAGGGCUCUCCUAAGAAUAGCUCUCCUAAGAAUGGCGCUCCCGGGGGUAGCUAUUCCCCGGCUCCUAAGGGCGGCGCUGCUAAGGACAGCUCUCCUAACGACGGCCAUUCUAAGGACAGCUCCCCUAAGAACGGCUCUCCUAAGAAUGGCGCUCCCAGCGGUGGCUACUCCCCGGCUCCUAAGGGUGGUGCUUCCGGCGGUAGUGCUCCUAAGAACGGCUCUCCUAAGAACGGCGCUCCCGGCGGCGGUGACUAUUCGCCGGCUCCUAAGGGUGGUGCUUCCGGCGGUAGUGCUCCUAAGAACGGCUCUCCUAAGAACGGCGCUCCCGGCGGCGGUGACUAUUCGCCGGCUCCUAAGGGCGGUGCUUCCGGCGGUAGUGCUCCUAAAGGCGGUGCUCCUAAGGGCGGCGCUCCCGGCGGCGGUGACUAUUCGCCGGCUCCUAAGGGCGGCGCUUCCGGCGGUAGUGCUCCUAAAGGCGGUGCUCCGAAGGGCGGCGCUCCCGGCAAAGGUUCCAACGGCGGAGGCGGAGGCGGCUACUACUAA